AUGAAUAUUAUACGCCCUCUUGAAUUUUUAAUAAAACCAGAAAAAUCGGCCAUUGUUUGGCUGAAUGGCCAUGUUGGUAAUCGGCUAACAGACCGUUUGUGGAAUGCAUCUCGAUUACGAUAUGCUGCUGAUGGGGCCGCAAAUAUUAUAUACGACAACUUAAAGAAAAGAAGUUUGCAACCACCGCAUAAAGUAGUUGGUGACAUGGACUCGAUUGAUCCUCAGUUAUUGAAGCGGCUUACGGCUGAGGGAAUAAUUGAACAUAUUACUGAACAGGAUACGACUGAUAUGACAAAAACGUUUCGAGUGCUUGCAAAGAACCUGGAGAACGAUUCAAUAAUUUCCAAUAUUCUUGUUUUGGGCGGUUUGGGGGGACGCUUUGAUCAUGUAUUCGCGUCACUUAAAACCCUUGUUUCGGAAAUGAAACCAUACUCGAUACCAAAACUGAGCCUUGAUGAUAUCAACAUCCUGAUGGUGUUACCGGAGGGAUCUCAUCAUCUUGAACUUGGCGCCGAAUAUAAAACAUUUCUGACGGGCGUCUGUGGGAUUGUUCCAAUUUGUCAACGAGAAACUCGUGUAACAACUCAAGGUUUUAAAUGGAAUUUAGCAAGUGAAGUGCUAUCUUUUGAAGGAUUGGUAUCUACUUCUAAUCAGGUGGAGAACAGCUCAUUGUUUCUGGAGACGUCGGCACCACUCCUUUUUAUGAUGGAAUUGAGGAAGGAGCUUCUAGAAAGCUCCAGC